AUGUCCGCAUUACUGCGCUUUGCCGUUGAAGCAAGUGCUCGACGCCCUCUGGCAGGAUACAGCGCCUUGCUUGCGCCUGCUGCUUUGUCUCAUUUAAAUGGUGUUCUCUCUGACUUUCCAUACACCUCCUACUCGCUCCAAUCGCGUGCAAUUUCGCAUAGCAACGUCCUAAUGAAGCGUAAAGGUGGCGCAUCUGCUUUUGUGAGUAAAACAUCCAGUUGGAACCGUAGUAAAGGCAACAAGAGUCACACCGCACUAAGUACGAAACAGAAAUUGAAGAAGGACACGGCGCCGCAUCGUUCGCAUGUCGAGCGUAUGCAUGACGCAAAGAUUGCAAAACGAGUCAAUGACCGCAAUGCCAAGGAGUGGACGGCUUUAGAGCAAAACGAAGACCUGAACAACGAGUUAGAUAAUGUUUUUGAGUAUUUAAACAAAUCGGGCCCUCAAGGCGAUUAUAUCUAUGAGUCGGAGCCGAGUCUCCAGGACGUCGACCAUCUUGAUGCCCUCGAGAAAUUAAACGCUAUUGCUCGAGCCGAUCCCGAUAUCUUGAAAGAAGUUGAUGCGACAUGUAAGGCAAUGACGGACGGCAAUGUUGAAGUUGAAGGGGAUGGACAAGGAAAACCUGAACUUGCAGUUGUUGAUUACAAUUUUCUCUUGCGAGUGUAUGCAAUCAAAGGGUUGCAUAAAGAAGCCAAUGCACUCUUGUCCCGAAUGGAAAAGAACUUGUCACCAAUUGCAGCUGAGACACGAGUGGGACCAGUGAAACACACAGACGGUCGUAAUACGUCGGAUGAUACUGAGACAAUGCUCAUGGAUGCACUCGAGAAUGUGCCACAUGUUGUCCCACCAAAUGCCAAGUCCUACAUGUUGUACGCUACGGCUCUCGGUACAAAUGGACAAGCUGCACAAGCUGUACGAGUUAUUGGACGCAUGAAAGAACGUGGAGUUUUGCCGGAUGUAUCCGUCUAUAAUGCUGUAAUGUCUGCGUGUUCUAAAGCUAAAAGAAUAUCGUGGGCAUAUAAUGUCAUGGAAAAGAUGCAAGUUGCGGGGCUUGUGCCUGAUCGUGCAUCGUUUACGAUUCUAAUGAAUGCUGCAAUUGCAGAAGGUGAUCUUGAUAAGGCAUUUGAGACGUUUCAUUUGAUGCGGACCCAUGUGACGGAACCAGAUGAAGUGGCAUUUAGUUGUUUGAUCAAUGGAUUUGCACGGGAAGGUCGCGUGGAACGUGCUUUGAAUUUGUUGGAAGAUUUACUGGAAUGUGGGCUAACGCCUUCAAUUGUCACGUUUAAUACGCUCAUGAAUGCGUGUGCAAAAUCUCACUAUUACGCACAUAAAGCAAUUGAUUUUUACUAUGAGAUGCAAGAGCUGUACGAUUAUACGCCGGAUCUGUAUACGUAUACGACUGUGCUGCAUGCAUGUGCUAAACACGGUGACUUUAUUCAAGCGGAGCAGAUCAUUCGUCACAUGGAGCGCCACCAUGUUCCCAUGACGGAGUUUGUGUAUAAUACGCUGUUUAAUGUAUACGCUCGUGCUCAAAUCAAAAGUAUUGUGGACAAGGCCCCUCGUAACGAGAAAGCACUCCCAAAAGCUGAACCAGUCUAUCAAGAGCCUCUCGAGUGGGAUGAUGAAGGCAAAGAAGUGGAUUUGACACGUCCAGGUAAGGAGACCUUUUCGCUUCAGAACACAAACUACGAUAAACACUUUGAUGAGGAUGAGGAUGAUGAAGAGGAAGGAGCAGACAGCUACAAAUUAAGCCCUGAGGCUCUAGCCCAAGUGGAAAGUCUACGUCAAAAAGACAAGACUGACCAAGAAGAGCAGAAGAAUACCAAGUCGACGGACUUGAUCAAAACCGAACAGAGUAUGGAGGUCUAUGGUGAGGACGACAACCGACUUUUUGCUGACAGCGAAGAAUCACUAGAUUUUGAGUUGAAACCAAUGAACCUCCAAGACUUUGGCAAAUUUCAGACGCUCAACAUUAAGCGUGCAGAGGUUCGCUUCCACGAGAUGACAUUUGAAAAAGGUCUGAAGCCGUCUUUGAUAACGCUGAACUCAAUGCUUGCCGUAUACUCAAAUGCUUUGCGUCUGCGCUCGGCCGAGGUGUUUGUUGACGAAACAUUUUCCAAGUUUGAUCACAAGCCCAACAAAUUCACGUACCGUAGCAUGAUGCAAAUGUACGUUCGUGCCAAGCGGACGACGCAGGCUGAACAGUUACUGGAGCGUAUGCGAGUCGAGAUAGAAAACGGAGACCUGGAGGCUGAUGCGCCGACUUUUGGCUUUUUAGUAGACCAUUACGCGAGGAAGCGUCGGAUGCGACGUGCUCUGGCAACCCUCGAGGACGCAGAUGCUCUCGGAUUGCAGAUGCAGGAGAAGCAUUUAAAGAAGAUUCGUGUUUUGACGGAAAAGUAUGGUGUUUUCUCUGAUCUUAUUCCGGAAGAUCCGAACGCCGUGCUGCUUGCUGGUACGCGCGACAAACUAAUGAAGAAGCGCAAGGUGCGUGCACAAGUUUUGGAGUACAACCGCAAGAUUGGAAAACGCUAUUUGCUGCCAGAUAUUGACUAG